AUGACCUCCUACGCCGACCUCAUGGCCAGAGAAUUCGUAGUGGCGUUCCGUGAUCUGCAGAAGGACGCUACGAAUCAUGAAAAGCUGGCCUGUUUUGCCCGCAGACACUACGUGAACAGGCUCAACGGGCCCGAGUUCGCCUCAGCACUCACAAACAAGCCAGGGAAUGAUCCUUCGAUCGUUCACAACUUCUUCCAUCAUUUAUCCUGCCAUUAUAAGGAGCAUUUGGUGAUGCUGAAGACGCUCAAAUCAAUGGAUGAGAGCUUAGUAAAGCGCAUCGAUUCCAUGGAUGUCUCUAAGAAGGCGUCGGCCGUUUCCUUCACGCUCGCUGCCAUGUUCUUCGCAGCCACGGCUGCGAUGGCUGCUGCGAAUGCCAAUCCCAAGAGGGAAGCGGCCUGGCCAGCAUCUGGGCCCGCUGCUACUGACCAAGUAGCAGCUGGGCCAGCAGAGGUCGGACCCAUAUUGGCCGGGCCAGCUGUGGCAGCGGCAGCAGCAGCGGCCUCCAUUCUGUUUGGGGGAGUCGGGAAAUGGAUCCAUUCGCUUCUGAACAAGCGGGAAACUGCAGCCAGGAAACACAAGGAAAUAACUGUGGUUAUGACUAUUGGCGCCAAAUUCGGCAUGGGAGAUCUUAGCUCCAUUCAUGACGUGGCUAGGAGGCUGGAGUUCCAGAACAAAUCUUUGUCGGAAACGGUUGAUGAUGGGAACAUAGUGGCGGCUGUGGAAGGGGGCUUUGUUGAAUUGGAAGCGAAAGUUGAAGCAUACAGUGAUAGGAUGAAGUGGGCUAGAGAUGGUGUGCUUGAAAGUAUUAUCACGCACCUGGGUUAA